GGCUGGGUACUUGCUGGAAAGACAGGAAAACUCUCCACUACUCCUGACAAGAUCACUAAUUACCAUGCAUCUGUUACCUCUGGCGAUGAUAUCCUGAGAAAGUUCUGGGAAAUAGAAGAAAGCACCAAAACUGGAUCAAACUUCUCCCGACAAGAACGCACUGUUGUUCACCAAUUUUAAAGAAACCACUCUCGUAGAGAAACUGGUCGAUUUAUUGUCCCACUUCCCAAGGAUCCACAUGCCAAAUCGAUUGGAGAAUCCAAAGCACAAGCCGUCCGCAGAUUUCUAUCCCUAGAAAGGACCUUACGCUCCAAGGAACAAUUCUCACAAUUUGCUGCUGUCAUGGAAGAAUAUAUGGACCUGAAUCAUGCUGAAAUUGUUCCAGUUGCUGAUUUACAGAAACAAAACGAAGAUGUGUUUUAUUUGCCAAUGCAUGCUGUUCACAAGGAGCGCUGUAUUUGACGCAUCAGCCAAGUCUACCACUGGCGUCUCAGUGAACGACACACUGUUGGUCGGACCCACCGUACACCCUCCACUGAUAGAUGUUCUAUUACAAUUUCGACUACACAAGAUUGCGAUCACAGCUGACGUGAGCAAGAUGUACAGGGCUGUUGAAUUGACUCAACCCGAUCGGGAUCUCCACAGAUUUGUGUGGCGCAGCAAGCCCGACAACACUCUAGUCGAUUACAGAAUGACGAGAAUUACAUUUGGUGUCUCUGCUUCUGCUUUUGCAGCAAACAUGUCAGUCAAACAAAAUGCUAUUGAUCAUGCUACUGAGUUUCCACAAGCUGCAAAUGUAGUGAACACUUCAUUCUACGUCGAUGACUGUCUAACAGGUGCUAACUUGAUUGAAGAAGCAGUUGAGCUCCAACGACAACUACAUGGUCUUUUUGCAAAGGGAGAAUUCUUACUCAGGAAAUGGAAUUCUAACAACACCACUGUGUUACAAAACAUAUCUCCCGAGCUCAGAGACAGUCAACCACUACAACUGCUACCCACCAAUGAUGAAUACACCAAGACUCUAGGGAUUGUGUGGAGCGCAAAGAAGGAUCAUUUUCGACUCACUGUUGCCAAACCACCUCCACUUGAAACACUGACCAAACGAGCCCUAGUAUCAGACAUCGCCAAGACAUUUGAUGUGCUUGGGUGGUUCUCACCUGCCACCAUCAAGGUGAAGAUUCUGCUGCAGAAGGUAUGGGACGAUCCAGUUCCAAUGCAUAUCAAAGACAUUUGGUCGAAAUGGCGGACCGAAUUGCCCGAACUAUCUCACAAGCUCAUUCCCCGUUGCCACUUCGACACAGACACAGAAAUUGUAUCCACCCAGCUCCAUGGUUUUUCAGAUGCCUCAGAGUCAGCCUAUUCUGCUGUUGUAUAUCUUCGUCUCACAGAUACUUCUGGUCUCCAUCAAAUCUCUCUGGUAAUGUCCAAGACAAAGGUAGCGCCGAUCAAGCGUCUCUCAAUUCCAAGGCUCGAACUUUGUGGUGCACAUCUACUUUCUCAAUUGCUACACCACGUCAAACGAGUACUCUGCAUACCAUUGUCUAACAUACAUGCCUGGACAGACAGCACAGUAGUGCUGAAUUGGCUGGACGGCAGUCCUAAGCGUUUUAAGACUUAUGUAGGCAACAGGAUCUCAGCCAUCCUUGAUUUGAUGCCACCAGACAAAUGGAAACACGUUAAUGGACUCCAGAAUCCUGCUGACUGUGCAUCCAGGGGCCUCUACCCCUCUGAAUUGCUAGAUCACCCUCUCUGGUGGAGCGGCCCUGACUGAC